AGCUUCCCACCUGAUCUGGUGUCGACUGCAGCAUUUUUCGUCUACUUUUCUAGAGUAUCUCUUUUAUUCGCACUUCAGCCUGUAGCUUCGUCCGGAAACGUUUGCGCUCGAACCCCACAUAUUGACUGACAUCAAGUGGGAGAGGACGCUGUGACGCUACCGUUGCGAAAAAGCGACAACAAUGUCAAGCACUCUAAAGAGACUAAAGAAACGGCUAUCGACAUCAUUCGUCGGGAACAGCUCGCCGUCGCAGAAAGCAUCGGAAACAGAGCCGUUUGCAAACGGAUCAGUAAGAAGCAACGCUUCAGAUGGGCACACAGGUGAAUCUCUAGACAAAGUUGAUGAUCUGCUGAAAGUUGCAGAAAUUACGUUACGAAAUGGAAAGAGAAGUAAUUCUCACAAAAAGAGACGCUCAAUGCCGGUUGCUGUGAAUCUACAACCAGGAACAGUGUUGAGACCGACAUCCCCUCGAUCAGCAGAUGUUGAGUCUGGCUUUGCUUCCAUGCCGAGUUCAGGUCAAAAUUCACCAACAUCACCUUUCAACUUGGCAUUUCCAAUGAGUAGGAGAGGACGAAGAGCCUCACUUACUGACAUUGGCUUUGGAAAAGUCGAAACCUAUGAGAAAAUGGAAAAGUUGGGAGAAGGAACAUAUGCUACAGUUUAUAAAGGAAGGAGCAACAUCAACAACAUGGCUGUGGCACUGAAGGAAAUUCGACUUGAGCAUGAAGAGGGAGCACCAUGUACAGCAAUUAGAGAAAUUUCACUACUGAAAGACCUAAACCAUGCAAACAUUGUGACACUGCACGACAUCAUUCACACUGACAGAGCAUUGACUCUUGUAUUUGAAUACUUGGAACAAGAUCUCAAGCAAUACAUGGACAACUGUGCAGGAAUGAUGAGCAUGAACAACAUACGACUUUUCCACUUUCAAUUGCUGAGAGGUCUUGAGUAUUGUCAUAAACGGAAGGUCCUCCAUCGGGACAUGAAGCCACAAAAUUUGCUGAUCAAUUCAGUUGGUGAUCUCAAGCUUGCAGACUUUGGAUUAGCACGAGCCAAAUCAGUUCCAAGCAAAACAUAUUCGAGUGAAGUCGUCACACUCUGGUACAGACCUCCUGAUAUUCUACUCGGUUCUGUAACAUAUGGACCAGCAAUUGAUAUGUGGGGUGCUGGAUGCAUUCUCUAUGAAAUGACUGCAGGUCGACCAUUGUUUCCUGGCUCUACAGUAGAAGAAGAACUAACCCUUAUUUGGAAGGUUCUUGGGACACCAACAGACGAAACCUGGCCUGGCAUCACGUCUAAUACAGAAUUCAUUUCAGGGAGAUACAAAAUGUACAAACCCUUACCUUUCUCAAAACAUGCCCCAAGACUAGACAGAGAAGGUCUGGAUCUCAUCAACAGCCUUCUCAAGUAUCAAGGAAAAGACCGAAUGUUGGCAGCACGAGCAAUGAAACAUCCAUACUUCACAUGCCUUGGACCAAAGGUCCAUUCAAUUCCUGACACCGCGUCUAUAUUCACCGUGGAAGGUAUCCGUCUGGUGCCUGAUCCAGGCUUCCAGUCUCGCGAUCGACAUUCAUCAAAACUGUCCUCCAAUAAAGACAAAAGUCGGAGGAGUAGCGUCGCUUUCUAGAUGCGUCGCUGCCGCGGCGUCUGUACCAUAGCUAUGAGAAUUUAUUUUCAUUCAUAUUUACUGUGCUGGGCACACUGUAGAACUGUCACCGUUCUUGAGAUAUUACCUUGACAAUCAAUUGUGGGAAAUGUACAAGAAUUCAGGAAUGAAAACGGCUCUCGUGAAGA